UUCAUUACGCUCUCAUCCGUCUGGUUUCCAUCCUUGUUUCGAUUACGACUAUCGCGACUAUCGCGACUUUGGUCACGAUCUUUCGGGCUUCAUUACAGAUAAAGAUACUCUCUGUUGACCGCUAUAUCUAUACAUUUUCGACAAUGGGAGUUUCCAACGAUAAAGAAACAAUGGCUCGUUGUGCGGGAUUUUCGAUACUCGUUUUUCUGCUGUCGAUAAAUGAAAUUUCCACCGCGAGAGUUUGUAAUUCGUCCAUAGAAAGCCAGCAAUCUCGCAUCGGUAUACUUAUUUCGCCCAUAAUUUCGGAUUCGAUAUCGCAAGAAAUUGAAAUUCACUGGAAUAACGUGAACCUUCAGCCUAGCGAGAAAAUCGUGCUUGCGGAGGAGAAUAAUAAUUUGGGCUCGCCAACAAUAAGUAUAGUUUACAACGUUACAUCUAACGGACCGAGUGGCAUUGAACAAACUGGGAUACCGUCGACAUUUACGCCUAAUUCGAGUCUACUUUUCGAGCAGCAAUGCUCGAAAUAUAAAGUGGCGGUAUUGACGGUAGAAGGCAACUUGAAAGAUAUAAAUUGUCUCAAGACGCAACCGACUUGGAUGAAACAGAGAAAACAUAUUCUUGGUCCGCUUAGAAUUAGCCAAAUUUUUCUUCCUGGUACGCACGAUUCCGCGUCGUAUGCGCAGCGGAACGAUGGCGGAAAUAUCAUCUCAAGAUUCGCUAUAACGCAGGAUAUAGACAUACUCGGUCAACUGAUACAUGGUGCACGAUACUUGGACAUCAGAGUUGGACACUAUCCUUCUACAGACGAGAUUUGGUGGACUAAUCACGGAGCGUUUUAUCGUUCGGUAUCGUUGAAAACUGUUAUAGAUCAAGUAAAACAGUUUCUCGAAAAUACCGAAGAAAUCGUGAUAUUUGACCUCCACGAAUUUCCUAUUGGAUUCGACAAUAUAACGAUUCAUCGGAAAUUGGUAUCGUAUUUAGAGGAUCAAUUUAGAGAUUAUAUCCUAACGAAUAAUUAUGGAUGGUCUGUGACGAUGAAUGACGUUUGGUCUUCCGGUAAAAGAUUGAUAAUCGGUUAUGAAAACACGCAAAUUGUUCAGGAACAUGCUAGCAUGUGGCCUUGCGUGCAACAUCAAUGGGGCAACGUCAGAACCAUCGAGGAUCUGUACAAACACUUGAAUUCGAUUGAAAACAAUGACAGCGAGAAUAGAGUGAGACCACGAUCAGCGAUGGCAGAAUUGACGCCGAACGCAAUCGACGUGAUUUCCAAUCGGCUUGGAAACCUUCGCGACAUGGCGCAUAGAGUAAAUGCGAAUGUCACAAAUUGGUACAGUACCGUUUGGCAAUACACUGCCAAUAUCGUGGCAGUAGAUUUCGCGAGGAGUACCGAUAUCGUUGAAACCGCCAUUAAAUCUAACGAGAAUCGUCACUUACACUGUCGAUAUUAAACGCUUCUCCAACCAAAUUUCACAAGUCCCUUAUCCAGAUUAAUUGUUCAACCAAUGAUGUCUAUAUAUCUACGGAAAAAUAUUAUGUAGGGCUGUACGAUUUGAUCGAAUCGUCAUCUUUAUUUUAAUAGUUUAUCAUUUUAUUUCAAUCAAUAAAGCAUUCCGUGCUUGUCCUCA